CUGAUUAUGAUUCAUUUGGCUUGACGUCACCCCGAACGACGACAUUCCAGACAUCUCCCAUGCAACAGGAGUCUCUCCAAGAAGCGUCAAUAACAUCCCCAAGGUCCGCCGAGUUUCACAUGACCCCCCUAAAGCAAGACGACUUCGAUGGGUCAUUUGGUCUGUUCUCUCCUCGCGCCACAGGUUUCGAAAUACCCCACCAGGCAUCAGAGAUACGGCCAACCUCAACCGCCGGUGAAUCUUUGAUUUUGAAAAAUCAAUCUUCCAACUCCUCUGAGGACUCGAAGCCUGCUUGGGCUUCUCCUGACGCGUCAGCUCUGUCCCCACGGUCAUCUGAAUUCCAUAUGACUCCUUUCAAGCAUGAUGACUUCGACGAUACGUAUGGCUUAACGUCACCAAAAGCAACUAGUUUUACUUUUGGAGCACCUCCGACAUUGCCACAAUUCGGACAAUCACCAAACCAAAUGUCAAACCCACCUGCAGAUCUAGUCUCACCCAGGACUGCCGAAUUUCCGCGCAGCACCUUUGAAGACGAGCCGAGAAACCUCGACGUGACGUCUCCAAGGUCAGCCGAAUUCCACAUGACACCUCUCAAACCCCAGAUCGAGGACAAUGACUCGUUCGGUUUAACGUCUCCUCGCACGUUUGAAUUCUCUUUAAACCCUUUCGAAGGCAUCGAGCGAAAGUCAAACCCAGAUGGAAGCCUUCCGUUUAGACAGCACCACCCGAUCCAUCCUCCAGCCCAUCUCAGCCAGCCCGAAAGUGAGAAUGGGUUUGCUUCAUUGAAUGGCUCGGCUAGCUUCAAGCCCUCAUUUGUCAAAUUGAGCCCGCCUCCGAGCUUCAAAUUGGCCAAGCCUCCCAUCAGAAUUGAUAGCUUGAGUUCUUCUGAAGAAGUUCCCCCGCCCCAAUCGAAGACGGCCGAAGCGGUGCAAGAUGCACCUACAGCUGUACCACCUCAGCUGUCAACACAUCUGGCGACUCCAUCAAAGCCAAACACCCUCAGAACACGUUACUCGUCUCCAAAUCUGCAAGAACAACGACGCCUUCACAAGCUACAAACGGAGAUAAAGACCCUGCUGCCACCACGAUCACCCAAUCUCGCACAUGCUGUUGACGAUAUGGACGCAUUGAUGUCGCCAAGAGCGACCGAGUUCACAAGGAACCCAUUCCAUAUCGACCUUGCUAGUCCGGGAGAAGAUACUAGCCCGGCAUCGUCCAUCGAAACGAUCAGAGCUGGUCAGGAUCACAUUGAAGGAUUGAAUGCUACUGCGGAUGCCCACUGGCUUGCACCCAAACCAGUCGACGACGAUCCAAGGAGCCCAGCGCACAAAGGUGUGAGUCCUAUCGUGCGCAGUAUCUUCGACGUCCUAUGAGCAGACUUAUAGCCUCUUCCCGCUGUUUGGGUUACGUCAAGGGAGACUUGAUCUUCCAUCCGCAAUGCCAGUUGAGUUGAGCCAAAGUUCAGGGUGACUCACCGCCUCGAGAGGUGGUUUCUGGCUAUGAGGAUGGUCCCACGCAUUCAGUAUUCCCGGAUGCGUCGAACCGUACCUCGCACUCUCCGAAAUACUGACAACUCGACCCUAUCGUGGCUUACCAUAUUGCCUAUGGCUUACGAACCGACCCAGACGUUCGGCCGAUAGCGAGAGAGCAGCAGCACCACCGGGAUAAUGCAAGCCAGCAACGGACAUGCACGAUGAUCAGUCCUGUCAAACCGCCGCGU